GUGGAGGACCGUGCUAAUUCCCAGCGAGCUCGGGUAUUCACUCUGCUGCGCGUGCAGGCGCUCACCACUUCGGGGAAAAGGCUUAUUUUUGAAAGAGCUCGAGCACUGUGUCGGUUGUAAAAGCCAUUCGUUUCUGUUGUCUCGGAAAUGCAACAUGCGGCAAUAGUAAAUAGAGUGCUAUUAAUUCGUUUUUUAUAAAAACGUUUCCAAACGCAUAUUUAUGUUCGAUUUGAAGCAGAAUUGUUAAUCAUUUUUGAUGAUUUCUUUCAUACGUGCAUAACAGGAUUUACACAUGCAAUGUUGGAAUGCGGAGGAUUCCUCUGACAGUUCUCAGCGCGAGGGAUACGUGAUGGAGCUUUGAUCGGUAAACAUCCACUUGUUUUUUUGUCGGGAUGUUACCAAUAUUUACACGUUAUAGACACGAUUUAUGAACAAAUGCAAAGAUAAAGAAUAAUAGCAAAUACCAAGCGCGAGUUAUUUUUUUGAACGACAGGUGAGGGUGUACUGCCUGCUGCCACUUGUGAAUGGUUGACGUAGACAACAUCGCAUUUUCAUUUGAUUCAUUCAACUUUUUGAUCCGAGGUGCCACCUUUAUUUCCGUAUCAUGUAUUCACAUUUCAAUACAAUUCCACAAUUGAGACUCGGUUAGUUUAGCCUAAACAUCCAGCUUACUGCCCUGCUUAUAUCUGACCGAGGAGAAACCACAGACCGCGCUGGGAGACAUGGCUAAAAACCUGUCGGAGGGACCCAAGGAGCCAGACCUGAAUCAGCUACCGGAUGAAGAGCUGCUGCGAUGCGGCAAGGAGGAGCUGGUCAAGCGCCUACGGAGGCUGGACAACGAGAAGAUGAACCUAAUGAUCGACCACGGCAACAUGAUGAAAGACGUUAACCGGAGGCUGCAGGUGCACCUGCACGAGAUCCGCAACCUGAAGGAGAUCAACCAGAAGCUCCAGGACGACAACAACGAGCUGCGCGAGCUCUGCUGCUUCCUGGAUGACGACCGGCAGAAGGGCAAGAAGCUGUCCCGGGAGUGGCAGCGGUUUGGCCGGUACUCCUCAAGUGCCAUGUGGAAGGAGGUGGGUACCUACCAGCUAAAGCUCAAAGAGCUCGAGACCAACCAGGAGAGGGUGGUGCGGGAGAACAUGGACCUGAAGGAGAUCAUCCUCAUGCUGGAUGAGGAGAGGAACGGAGUCGGUUCCCGGAGCUCCAUAGACUCCCAGUCCAGCCUCACCAACCUGAAUGGCGGGACUGGGACAGUUCGGGAUGUCGGGGAUGGCAGUAGCACCUCCAGCACUGGGAGCGCAGGUAGUCCCGACCACCACCACAACCACAACAGCCACAACCACAUACACAAGCUGCCCGCGGAAAGGGAGGGCAAGCUGGGAGGCACCUUCCAGAGGAGGUCCAUGGAUGACCUGUCAGCACCACACCAUCACAGGAGCAUCCCUAAUGGACUCUGUGACUCCUCCUCCUCUAACUACAUCAGAGAGCUGGAGAUCAAGAUGAGGAUAUUGGAAGACGACAACAGCAAGCUUUUAACUCAGCAGUGUAACCCAGGGGACCUGCGUGUCCUGAGGAAGGGGAUGACCCUGUACCACUCUGAGUCUCAGCUGUCAUCCCUGCCACGACGCCAAGAUGCACUGCACAACGGCACGGUUGGUCGCCUCCCCACCAGUGAGUCAACCCCGGUAACAGGCUACCUGCCCUGUGUUCAGAAACCAGAGUCUGUGGUCCACGCUAUGAAGGUGUUGGCGGUGCAUGAGAACCUGGAUAAGAAGCAGGGCCCAGAGGACUACGAGGAGGAUCUGAGUGAGAAGGAGAAGGCCAUCGUCAGAGAGAUGUGUAAUGUGGUGUGGAGAAAGCUGGGCGACGCAGCAGGAGCUAAGCCGUCCAUCAGACAGCAUCUCUCUGGCAACCAGUUCAAAGGCCCUCUGUAGUCCACGGCAACCAGAGAGGAAGACUACCUAUGCUCACCUGACACCACCUCCACUCCUACUGCUUACACUACUCAUAACACCCUGUUCCCACUACAGUUCCCAUCACCCACUAUUCCCCUGGGAUAUGGCUUUUGUCCAGAUAGGAUGCAGCUUUUGUCCAGAUGGACUUUUUGAAGCAGGUUAGAACCUCCGCAGCAGGAUAAUUAAUGUAGCAUGUUAGGAGAAUUACGUUUAGGUUAGCUAAAAUGCAACAAAUCCACUUUUGGCAUUAAUUUGACAAACUGUAUCCCUUCUAGAUAUGACCUGGUGUAUGUGACUGGACAUUAUACGACCCAGGAAAGGUACAGAAUGGAUAUCUGUCUCUCACCUCGCCAACUCCCCAUACAUACAUUUAUUUUGAACUUCCAGUGUUGAUAACUGGCAGCUACUUUCACUGAUUUGCCAUGUUCCUCGUAUCAUUGAUUUGGGGACAGUUUACAUAGAUACAUACAAGAUGAUUUCAUCAUCUUCUCCUGGGCCUGGUUUCCCGAUAGAGAUGGAACUUCGGCUUACGACUGUUUCAACCAUGCGUCUUUCCUACAAAGGCCCAAGAUGUAACAUGUGUCUUUCCUACAAAAGGCCCAAGAUGUAACAUGCAUCUUUCCUACAAAAGGCCCAGGAUGUAACAUGCGUCUUUCCUACAAAGGCCCAAGAUGUAACAUGAGUCUUUCCUACAAAAGGCCCAAGAUGUAACAUGCAUCUUUCCUACAAAGGCCCAAGAUGUAACAUGAGUCUUUCCUACAAAGGCCCAAGAUGUAACAUGCGUCUUUCCUACAAAGGCCCAAGAUGUAACAUGCGUCUUUCCUACAAAAGGCCCAAGAUGUAACAUGCGUCUUUCCUACAAAAGGCCCAAGAUGUAACAUGCGUCUUUCCUACAAAAGGCCCAAGAUGUAACAUGCGUCUUUCCUACAAAAGGCCCAAGAUGUAACAUGCGUCUUUCCUACAAAAGGCCCAGGAUGUAACAUGUGUCUUUCCUACAAAAGGCCCAGGAUGUAACAUGUGUCUUUCCUACAAAAGGCCCAAGAUGUAACAUGCGUCUUUCCUACAAAGGCCCAAGAUGUAACAUGCGUCUUUCCUACAAAGGCCCAAGAUGUAACAUGCGUCUUUCCUACAAAGGCCCAAGAUGUAACAUGCGUCUUUCCUACAAAGGCCCAAGAUGUAACAUGCGUCUUUCCUACAAAGGCCCAAGAUGUAACAUGCGUCUUUCCUACAAAGGCCCAAGAUGUAACAUGCGUUUCCCAAAACGCCACACAGAGAGAACAUUCGCUAAGUGCCUUCGUUGGAGCAUGUUUCACACGGCGGUAGGAUCGAACGAAAGGAUCGAACGAAAGGCAUCGCUGCUCUCGGAUCAGCUUUCUUCCAUUCAAAUCUUACCUUAACAUUAGAAUUAUUCCACAAUACUGACGAUGGAUCAGCUACCUAGAGAGAUAUUAUCACCUACGGCUGCAAAUAUUGAGGCGGCUUAAUCUAAUGCCUACCCUAUAACAAGGAGCUUUAUCAAGAUGUGGAACAUCACUGUGCACAUGUUAGGCUACACAUCAUUAAAUAGAAUGAGGCACAAAUUGCAGACAGGAGCCAAACAGUAAAAUAAAAUCUAAAUUGAAUGAACAUGAAAUUUCUUUCAGUAGCGUCGAAAUACAAUAUAUAGUAUAUUCUGUAGGUGGGCUAUUUAUCUUUUAAUGCAGUCGUCUCAUUUCAUUUGAAGCAUAUUUUUUCCUUCACUUGUUUGUAUUAAUUGGCAGAGACAUUGGCAACUUUGUAUUUGUACUCAACUUGGUUCUGAAGUUUUCGGCGGUCACAGAGAGAGACGGAUAAACAUCUUGAUUCUUUGUUUAGCGGAGGUUUUCUGUGUACAAAGUGAUGCGGCAGGUAUCUGACGACGUACUUUGCUGUUCACACGCAGAGCAGUCUGAUGCAGUCAGUAAAUAACAAGCGCUUUUCAAGUACAAUUUUAGUAACGUUGGUUUUGGGAAACAGCUCGAGAUUUAACGAUGCUCCUACGAAGUUACUAACGAUGAAAUGAGCCUUUAGAUGCUCUUGGGAACCUGGGCCCUUUUGUUUUGUUUUAUGCUGAAUAGAAACCCAGAUGAGCUCCAUAAGAAGUCCCCUAGAAUAGGACCAGUGUCACUUUAAACCAGUAGAGCUGCAUGGUUACUGUAGCAGGGCUUCAGGUCAAGCUGCAUGGUUACUAUAGCAGGGCUUCGGGUAGAGCUGCAUGGUUACUAUAGCAGGGCUUCAGGUAGAGCUGCAUGGUUACUGUAGCAGGGCUUCAGGUAGAGCGCAUGGUUACUAUAGCAGGGCUUCAGGUAGAGCUGCAUGGUUACUAUAGGAGGGCUUCAGGUAGAGCUGCAUGGUUACUAUAGCAGGGCUUCAGGUAGAGCUGCAUGGUUACUAUAGCAGGGCUUCAGGUAG